UUUGAAUAAUUGGUUGAAACCUUCAAAAAUGCUACUUACACAGAGCCGGCCUGUCGACCAAUCCAACUAUUGUCCCAUCAGUCAACUUCAUAAGCUUUAGGUUCACAAUAUUAUUAUACUAUAAUAAGCUUUAGAUUCAUAGUAUUAUUAUAUACUAUUAUAAGCAUUAGAUUCAUGGAAUUGGCAGGCAAUAUCUGCAGUCCUCUCUGUUUCUUCUUGAAUGAACUGAACUAAAUCAAGCGGUUGCUUAAAGUGGUUGCUCUCUAAAGCAAUGGAACACAUUGGGCAGACAGAUAAAAGAGCUAAAAUGGGGCUGUUACAGUCUGAUGAGUUAUACAAGUAUAUACUGGAGAGCAGUGUGUUCCCAAGGGAAGCAGAGCCUCUCAAGGAGCUACGGGAAGUUACGGCACGACAGCCGCUGAACUUCUUGAUGACUGCACCCGACGCAGGUCAGUUUAUGGCCUUGAUCUUGAAGACACUGAAUGCGAAAAAGACUAUUGAAAUUGGAGUUUACACUGGAUACUCCCUUCUCCUGACUGCUCUUUCAAUUCCUGAAGAUGGAAAGGUUUUAGCCUUGGAUAUAAAUAGGAAAACAUAUGAGAUUGGUUUGCCAUAUAUUCAAAAAGCUGGUGUUGAACACAAAAUUGACUUCAUUCAGUCUCAAGCUCUUCCGGUUCUUGAUAAACUCUUAGAAGAUAAAGAGAAUGAAGGGGGUUUCGACUUUGCUUUUGUGGAUGCAGACAGGGAAAAUAUCCUGAAUUACCAUGAGAGGCUAAUGAAAUUGUUGAAGAUAGGGGGGAUAGUGAUCUAUGACAACACUCUCUGGGGAGGUACAGUGGCUCUGCCUGACCCGUCGUCGGCUCCAGAGGCCAGGAAACCGGACUGGCACCUCGCGGUUGAGUUCAACAAAGCAUUGGCAGCUGAUCUUCGCGUUCAAAUAGCGCAGGCUCCAUUGGGCGAUGGGAUCACCAUCUGCAGGCGUCUCUACUAAACUCAUUUCCACUUAUUCCUGAGUGUGUGUGAAGAAUAAAACCUCAGGAGUUUUUUAGAUAAUUUUAUGUUAUGUCAAUGUCAAAAACUUAAAAUGCUGCUUGGAAAAGGGAUUGCAGGGAUGGUUUAUUCCUUGGGCAGGGGUACGAUAGGGACAAAAUAUAGUGGCCUUGUGUGCAUUUGCUUAAUCUUUCAAAAAACAUUAUGUGCUCGCAGGCUCGGCUAGACUUGGGCCUGCUAGUGUGUGUAAUCAUCUGAAUUUGUGUUUAACUGUGUGUUUAUUAAGCGAUCAGAGAAUGUGUUAUGGCAUCCAUGUAAUGCUUUACAGUUU